GCGGUGGUGUUCGGACGGGAGGCAGAGGGGGGAGAGAGAGGCAGAGGCAGAGGGAGAGUAGGGAGGCAGAGCAAGAGACAGAGUUUUCUCUUUGUGUACAUACAAGAAGAAGCAAGUGGUGGUCAACAAGGUGACCUUGGUUUGUCGCGGAGGAAGUACAGGUCGUCUUUAGUACCUCCUCAUGGCAGCGUCCCAGCCCCGGCCUUCGGAACUUGGCCGAGCGGAGCUUUUUUCUGGCACACCUCGUUUUUUGCUAUCUGUGGAAAAAGGGCCAUCUGCCGAGCUCGUUGCUCAAGUCCGAGGAGAGCUCGCCAGUGGUGCGUCUGGUGUUGCUGCUUACGUGACGACGAACAAGUCCAAGAAGACUCACUUUGGUGUCUUUGUCCUUCGGAACUCCAUCACGCUCGCUGGCCUCACAGGCUACCUCGACGAGGUCUCUGGCAAAGCCAAGAUUGAUGUCCUCUAUGUCGACGAUGACCUCCGCGGUCGUGGCGUGGGAACGCUCCUGGUCAACGCCUUUGAGCGUGCAGUGGUCGACGCUGGUGGCUCCAAGAUCUCGCUGGUCUCGCUCUCGUACCAAGCGCCAGCCUUCUACGAGCGGCUCGGCUAUCGGAGGUGCCACGCCCAAACCGGGUGGCCGGCCUCGGCAAGCAACGUGUGGCUGGAAAAGGAUCUCGAGGCGUCUCCGCCGCCCGAGGCGUCUGCGGCCGAGGUGCUGGGCGACGAUGUGACCUUUGAGCUCCAGUCGCCGCCGGAUGAAGCUGCGGCUGCGGCGGUCGCCGACGGGCUGCAGGCGCACAACAUCGGUGUGUGGGAGACGCUCGGGUAUCCGCCGGGCGCGCCGCCCGGGACCGGGCCGGCUAUUCUGGUCACGGCGCGGCGCGGCGACAAACUGCUGGGCGCGCUGCACGGGAACCGACUCUUUGAUCUGUUUGCCGUCUCGGCGUGGGUUGUUGUCGAGUCUGAGCGGCGGAACGGGGUAGGGACGGCGCUGGUGGGCGCGCUCCGUGACGAGCUCCGCAGCGGCUCGUCGAUCGAUCGUACGCGGAUGAUCACAGUGACGCUCCCGCAUGCGUUGGCGUCGGAUGCGACCCAGGCUGCGCUCAAGGCUGCGCAGUUUGUCCCGGUCUACGACGACGGCGACGGCAUGCUGUGGGAGGGGCGGCCGGUGGGCGCGCUCGACACACUCACCGAGGUCGAUAGUAUGCACCGGUUCUUCACGGCGUGGGCCAACGGCGAGAUUCCCAAGUCGCCCGAGAACAUCGAGUACUUAACCUCACGCAUGGUCGACGCCUUUGUCAUCGUGCGGCCCAACGGGGCGGCGUACUCCAAGUCGCAGCUGACAAAGCUCGUUCUCGACGAGUACGGGCAGGCUGCCGCCGCACCCAUCGACAUCCAGCUCCGGUCGAUUGCCGUCCGCCGCGCUUGUCGGUGCUACGACGCGUGGCUGGUGGUUUAUGAGAACUGGCGUGUUCCGCGCGCUGCGUCUUCCGAGGACCAGGGCUUUGGAUGCCGGACCUCGGCUCUGCUCAGCUUUGACGUUGCAUCGGGCACCACGGUGUGGGAGCACAUCCACCGGACGGCGCUUCAAAAGGCUCCGGCACCGCAGACUCUGUAAACCUACAUUAUCAUC